AUGGGCAGAGUUGUAACCGGUCAACAAAAUCAUGACCGGUACCGGCUGGUCACCGGUGACCGGCGAACAUAUGCAGACCGGACCGGACCGGCUUUUUUCAAAAAAUUUGACCAUUAUAAGCCGAUUCGACCGGUCCCGGCCCAGCAGUCUGACCAGAACCGGUCCAACCGGCCGGUUGAUAAGUCUCGACCGGACCGGGAACGGGCGCCCGGUCCGAUUACAUCUCUGCCUAUGGGAAUUCCUCGAGGAUUUUCCAGUUUAUAG